UGUAUUAACUUCAGUGACUUAUGAUGUGUUAUAGGUCUCCAAAUUGUCUAAUUUUAGCAGUAAAAGACAUUCUUAAUGCAACAUGAGGUAGUAAUUUAUUGAACAUACUGUUAAGAAUCAAAAAUCAGCUGCAAGUAAGUAUCUGACUGCACCAAUGGAUUCUACAGAAGAUUCACCAGUAUCUCCAAAGGGGCCCCCUUCUCAACCACCUCCUAGUUUACCACCCCCAUUACCUGAGAGGCCUCCAAAGAAACAUGGUUCUGUAACUAGUCCAAAAAGCCCUGAAGAUUAUAAAGCAGAUAAUGAGAUGAUAGAAUUAGAUGAAGAGACAUCACAGCAGAUGACAACAUCAUACAGUGAGAUCUCCUUCAAGUCAGGAAUGAGUCCUGAAACUGAAGUUUCUUUAUCAUUAACAAUGGAUUCAAUACCAUCUGCUGAUCAUAUUCUGCAAAGACCUAUUUCUUUAGCAUAUGAUACAAAUAAUAUAGGCAAACCGUUACUACCUCUAAACUCUGAAGGGACUGUUCAUGUAGAAGGAAACAUGACCCAUUUUGUUACAGAAGAUUUGGAAUAUAAAAUUAAAAUAUCAAGUCCUGUAUCAAAAUUUUCAGGGAACUCAAAGUCAGGAACUCCAAGCUAUACCCAAAAAGGUCUUUUGAUGACAUCAGUGAGUAGUUUGGAUCCAAAUAUUUUAAAUGAUCUUGAAUUUGAAGCACAGAAAAUUGCCACUUCUGUGGAUAUAUAA